AUGCCGCGUGUCUCUUCCAAGGACGGGGGUUCCCCGAGCCAGAUUCCUGCUCCCUGGACCACAUCCAGGUGCCACAGAACCCUCCGGCAACUAAACCGUCUGGUAGCCAGGCUUGAAAAAUGGCACAAAGCCUUCCUGAGCGCAUCAGAAAAGCCACCGACAUUGGAGGAUAAGAAACUAGAGGCCGAACAACCGCCCACGUGGCUAGCGCAAGUUUCUAAAAAUGGACGGAGGUCACAGAGGAGAUAUACAGGCCGUACAAGGACGGCACCGCGAACUCCACUGCCUAAACGACAGCGCAAGUCUUGCUCAACAGCAUUGACGCCCCACAGCGGUGACAUUCGGUCCAUUCCCAAUAUCGCAAGGGCCGCACACAGUCCAACGAUCCAACUGAAUGGAGACUACCAUACCGCAGAUAUUGUGCACGAAUCAGUAUCAGAGACUUAUGAAGGAUCGCACCGCUGGACGGCUCAUACAGUCCAUCUCGCCAAAGACUACGAAUCUAUCAUUCGGGAUGCUCGGACUAUCAUUCCAGCGUUCCUAGUGGCAACUUCCGGCCCCGAACACGAUAGUCACGGUGAUGAUUUGGGAUCAGAAGAGGAGAGUGAUUGUCAAGGACCCAAGUCCCUGAUGCACCUGUGUUUGCUCAAGCUAUCGCGGACUACCAUUGAGCAGCAGAAGCAUAAUGAUGCAAAUAAGAAUGGAUAUGAUGGUCAACAAGAUAUCAUGGGUGGGCAGCUUCAAGAGCUCGAGGACUAUUUCGGGGAUUCUGAGAGAGGAUGGCCACAGCUAAGAGUUUUAACACGAGCAUGUGGAAUUUCAAUGAUUUCGCGCCUGAUUGAAGCCCGCGCAAUACCCGAACAGACCGCCAAAAUGCUUCUCCCUCGCUCGCGUGAACGCCUCCUCUUCUCCGACUUCGUUGAAGCCGUGUCGGAGUCUCUAAUUGAGGCAUCCUUCAAUUCCAACAACUCAGACAUCGAUUUUCACGACAUGCCUGGACUAGAUCUUAUGUUUCCGCCACCUGACGGUCCAGUCGAUGUGUCAAGUCCAUGGAGGUAUAACCUCAGUAUCAGAUCGAUGGUGCGUGCUCUGCAGACCAGACAAAAUCCCUUACACCUGAUUUCCCGCCAUAUAAGAUGGAAGCAUUUGGCAUUUUUCACCAUUGUCUGCAGAGAAUGUAAAUACGACCCCUGUUCACUUUCCUGUUGCCUGCUCGAAGGCGUCUUUUCUCGCGCAAUAUCUUACCCCCCAAUAAGCGACUGGCACACUCUGCGUGGUACGAACAGAUGCUCUCAUAUCGAAUAUGGAAGCGAAUCGACACCGGUGGAUGAUAUUGAAAUGAGCAAAUCCCUCUGGAAACGGCUCAAAAUGACCUUCUAUUUCAUGCUCUCGCUCUCCUGCGGUGCUAACCCUGGAGCACUUGCAACAUUGAUUGAGCGGAUUUCACGGAUGGCUCAAGUUCAGGUGGACCUUGGGCGAGCAUGGCAACUACCAGAAUUCCAGCAGCUGCUUGUUGCUCAAAUAUUCUUUGGAGAACUAUGUCGUCUCUCUCUCGCCGGUUAUGAGGUCCCGGAUGAUCUCCUACGGAGUUUUGGAUCCUUGUUACGCACAAUGUCUUCUCCGAGUACAAUCUGCAAGGAGCUAGGGGGUACUAUCAUAGCUCUCUGCCGAGCCUGGAGUGACGUUGAGCGAUUGGUGGUGCGUUUAUUAUCCAUAAAAUGCGGCGAAUGGCAGCAACUUAGCGCCUUGCUUGCUCAGCUUGCCGCCAAUGGUGCCAUGGAGUAUGCUGCCGAGCAUCUUGAAGAACCGAGCAUCUUAUCGUGGGCCUCCGAUUUUCAUGAAACGGCAGGAAAACAUAUUAAGAACAUUAUGGUGGAGCAUGAAAACCCAUUCGACGUCGGAUAUCGCUGGGAUGAAACUGUAGAGGAAUGGGUCGCGAAGACUCCUGCAACCAGGCCGAACACCGAAAAAUCAUUCCAGGAGAUCAUCGCGGGUGACCCAAGGCGGGACGAGAAUGGCUCAAUCGCCGAGCAGAUCCCAGGACGGCGCGUCCUUCACCAACAUUCACCAACCUGUUCACCAUCAGCUAUCAAUGGGCGACGAAGGACUGGAAACAAGUUGAAGCGGAGGCAUCUGUCUGAUGACGUUGAGGUGCAUAUGGAUGGAGAUUUCGAAUACAAAAAAGUCAGGCGCGGAAUACUUCCCCAAAGGGCAUCGCGCUCAAGCCCUACAGAAACUGCUGGCGACCACAUGCCCCGAAUGCAUGGUCGGCAACAUCAACAUCUCGAAGAGGAAUCCGAAGCCGAAUUAAGCUUGCUGCAAUAG